AAACAUAUAGAAAAAUAUGAAAGAAAAAAUGGAGGAAAGAGACGAAAGAAAGUAGGAAUUUUUUUUUGGCAGAGUUGAGAUUGGAAAGCCAUGAGAAGCACAGCCAGGGCUCUUCUCAAGUUGCCUUGCAACUCCAAACUGUUCCCACGAUCACCACCUAAUGCCAAUGACACUCAUUUUAGGCUCAGGGCUCUUUCUUCUUCUUCCAUCACUACUACAGACAAUGGAAAAGAACCAAAACCCAGAAAAGACUCCCAAAUUCUCGAACAGUUCAGGCUCAGAAAACUCAAGGGCUCCUCUAAAACCCCGCCAACACAAGAAUCUGAUCCUAAUCCGAAAAGGGAAGUUGGGGUUUUGGGUUUUAAGGAGUUGGGGUUGAGUCGGGGGCUGAGUGAAGCUAUGGCCCAUUUGGGUUUUUCGUCUCCUUCAGAGAUUCAAAGUGUUGGGAUUCCUGCAAUCUUGGAUGGGAAGAACGUGGUUCUCUGUUCUCACUCUCAUUCUGUUGAUGCCUUCACGUACUUGGUACCUCUAAUUCAGAAUCUCAGAGGGAAUGCCAAAUUGUCUAGAGAAAAGCCCAAGGGUCCCCGAGCUAUUGUUCUGUGCACCACACAAGAGCAUGCUGAGGAGUGCUUUCAAGCGGCAAAGUUCAUCCUCGAGCAUUCGAAGUCGAAGAAUGCAAUGGAAAAUGAUUCAAUUGGCUUGUUGGCUACCACUCCUGAUGAGGUUCUUCAGUUUAUAGAAGAGGGUAAUGUGACCCUUAAUGAAAUCAAAUACUUGGUCUUCGACGAGGUGGAUGACAUGUUUGAUAACGGUUUAGGUCCUGACAUUAAGAAAAUCUUAAGUCCACUAAAAGAGCUGGUGUCAAAACCUAAUCACCAAGGCCUACAAACUAUUUUGACCACUUCAAUGAUGAUGAAGGUUCUGCAUAAAGAUCUAUCUUCCCUUGUGGAGAAUCUUGAACAAAGUCAUGCCGGGCAAGUUGCUGCGGUGUUGCUUGAGAUAGACCAAACAGAAGCAUUUUGUCUUCUUGAGUCGCCAGAAGCUCUGAAGCAAAAAGUGGUAGAACUGAUUGACUCUCUUAAUUAAAUAAUAUUGGCAUAGUCGUAUCUCCUUGUGCUUAUGCUGAACCACCAAUGGAGGUAAAAUGACCCUGAUUAGUUUGGUUGGACUUGGGAGACCAUUUUGUAGGUUUUGAGAGUUGUCAGUUGUUCAUUGAUUUCUUCGGGUCCUAUUAAGGUGAAAUUUAAGAAAUUAGUUUCUGAUUUUUUUUCGCUUAACAUAUCAUAAUAAUUGUAAAUUAUAAAUGCUAAUUAUUAAUAUAAUUGCAAAAUUAAGUAUAA